CUGUGAAUAUUUAUUUUAUGGAGCAGAUAACAUCGACACCGAGAAGAUCACCCUCCUGCACUGUUCGAAAGUGAAUGAUAUGUGGAUGGAACUGGCGAUGGACGAAGAAGAGACCCAGAAGAGCGGAAUGGUGCUAAUAGUGGAUAUGGGCGGUCUUCCAAUGCGGAUCUUUAAAUUCCUAACCCCUAAAGCCACAAUCAAAUGCUCACUCAAGGAAGAGAUGCGUCCAUGGGCGAGCAUGGAUGUUCAUCUGGUCAACACCUCCUCUCUCAUCAACGUGCUGAUGAGAAUAGUAUUUCCGUUCCUCAGUGCAAAAAUGAAGCAGCAUAUCCAUUUUCACGGACAAGAUUGGGCAUCGCUUCACAAGUUCAUCCCGCCUGAAGUCUUACCAGAGGAGUAUGGUGGUUAUAAACUUCAAGUGGACUUUGAAAAAAAUCGUCAAUAUGUAUAUGAUAACGAAGAGAAGCUAAUGGAACUCUUAUGCCUGGGAUACUUCAAACCAUGACAACUGACUGAUGCUGUUCAGUCGGUCUGAGCGGGAUUAGCACUUCGUCGAUUGUCAUUGCAUUCACGACGUUACAUAUACUUUAUUGAUAUAGGCCAAUUGUGACUUAAGCAUUUUGAUAUUUUUAUUUAGUAAGUCUCUUAAACCACACGAUUUUAUGCAUGUUUUAGUGUAUAUCAGCCAACAACUUUUAUAUUAGGCAACUAGACCUUUCAUUCUUUGGAAACUUUGAGAGAACAACAUUAAGAAAUUGCAAAUUUGAAAUUCUGGCCCAAAAGCUAAACUUUGAUGGUGUAUGAUGCAAAUUAAUAUUUCUCAAUAUUCCUUGACUUUAAAACUUGGAUACGCGGGGACUGGAAAAUUGUCACUAUAUCAUCACUUGUUCCAGUGGAAUACAAAAUGGUUUUUGUACCUUGAGAAUCUGGUCACGAAAUAACUGACAAAUGACAGCCCGUUAAAUUACAAGGAUCACGUAGCAGUUCUGUAAGUCUGUAAAGAUUUGACUACAUAUGCAUUCUUAAAUAUAAUAACCAAUAUUAGAGCAUGUAUGUGGUUGGUUUAUGACAGAGAUCUUCAACCGUUACACCUCUGAUCACACAGAGAGGAAGUAUAAGUCCAUUAUGUAACUGUUCGCAGUUCAACGGGAGUAAGUAAAAAUGUCGGCCAUUAUUGGCCAUCACCAGGAAGCACAGCCAACACUGUAAACAAUUACUUUACAAUCAAUAUUGUUGCAAAUUGGUCAUAACUAUAUUAUCACAAAGGGACUGUAGUAAAAUUAAGAAUAAAUAGUUAUCACAUGUAUGGAGUGUUACUAUAGACGGGUUCUGGAGUGAUGACUCUAUUUACUGGACUCUUUGAUACAGUGCGUGACUGCACUUUACAGUUCAUUAUUACCCGCCUCCACGCGAGGACUAAUUGCAAUUGCUAACUUGUCCUGGUUAUAACACCUCGGCAA